AUGGCGAGGACGUUCGGCUCGGUGCUCCAUUUCCGAUCACUUUCCGCCGCGGCGACUCCUUCGGAGUUUCUCUUCCCAGUGAAGCCGCUCGCAGGUUCCCUGAAGCUCGGGUCGUCUCGCCAAUUAUUCCCUUGCUUCACCUCGGUGCCUCGCCAGAAUACUUGCCGUCUGACUGUCUCUGCUGGUGCCGCCACCCUGAAGCAAGCGGAGACGGAACAGUUCCCGGUGGAUGUCCUCGUCACCGAAACCAAAUUGCCGCACUCGAGUGUGAGUACGCCGACCAACCCUGGUCCUUCUAUGCUCACAUUCUGGUUUGACGUCUGGAAUUUUCACUUAGGUCUGGUUUCAUCCAAUUUCUUCAUGAAUUUUUCAUGGGGUCCUGUAGAACGGUCCCCCCAUUGCUGUGGUAUAUAGCCUACUCUCGUUUUUGCUUGAUAACUGUAUCCGUUUUUCCAUAUACGCCUCAAUUAUUUCUCUUCUCAAGUUUAUCACUUAUAGAUGGAAACUGGGAAAUAACCGAAUGGUGACGUUUGAGUUAAAAACUGGGAAAUGAGCCUCGAAAAGGCAGGAAUUUUGUCAAAAAAUUUGGAUUUGACGUGUGGAUUCGCUUAUAAUUUGAAACUUAAUAGCUUUGCCCCUGUAACAGAGUUCCACCAACGUAGUUUCGUUAUAUGCACUUUCGACAAUUUUGAGCGCUCAAACUGACGGAUAAAUGCUCAUUUUCUCUUGGCAUUUAGCUUCGUUGGUAAAUUCUAACAAGAUAUCGGUGGAAAUAGUGGAACAGCGAGAUUAACCCAUCUAGUAAACGAAACUUUCUGACAGAGAAAGUAACCAUUAUUGCUUCAACAUAUUUAUCCUCUACAACCCAUGCAUAUGCGAGAGAGAAAGAGAGACCAGGUGUAAAGGACAUGGGAAUAGAUGUGUGAAUAACCAACUGAUAGAUGUCAAUAGGUGCUAGCAUUAGGAACAGAAUGAUUUUUUUGGUAAAGCCAUUUUUUCUUGUCUACUUCUUUUCUCGCAAUAUGUAAAAAGGCCAUGUUUCGACUUUGCACAAGGUUAAAUCAGAAAACAUGGCAUACCAAAUGAAUGUUAAGAUAAUUUUCUGAACACUAAAUCUGUCUUUUUAUGAAAAUAAAAUUCUUUUUAACGGUUUUCUACGGUUUUCUACUUCUUUCACUUUACACAUGGCUGCUUGGGACAAAAAAAUGAAUAACAGUUGGUUCCUUCGUUUUAAAAGAAGAAUACAUCAUAAUUCUGCAGUAGCAUGGAAAAAAUAUUGUCUUCUCCAGAAGGUGAAAUUUUACAUUUUUUCUACAAAAUUUCUCGUCAAGAAUCAUUGUGAUAUAUAGUGUUCACGAAUUUACUUCUUUUAUCAGUUCUUCAAUGCAUAGGGACAAAUUGUUGAGUUUUAUGUGUCAGUCAUCACUGCUCAUGGAUUUCCUGUUUAACAGUCUAAGAUUUGAUAUCUCCUUUCUUUGUUUUUCUUGUUUGCCUCUGUAGGUUAAACUCAGUGUUGAAGUUCCUCCUGCUAUAUCAGAGGAAUGCUACAGAAAAGUUUUAGGGGAGUUUUCAAAACGUGUAAAGGUAUAUUCCUGCGUUGAGAUUUUAUACUAAGUUGUGUGAUUGUUGACGAUAUUUUCAUGGUCCAUACUAAUCACAAUAUAUGAAUAUUCAAUUACUUAUUUAUUUUAUCCUCUUUUCUCCUCUUUUUUAACCUUUAUCUAGUGUUAAAAAUAAUUACUUUUUUUCUUCAUUCACAAAUUUUAGCUUUCUAGUUCUUUUCUGUAGAUGCCUCCCUUCCAAAUUAUCAAAAUGCAAUAUAAAUUAUUAAAAUUCAAUCUGUAACACAUUUUUACUUUUUUCUAUUUAUGCAAUAAACUAGAACGUAUCUUGUCAGUUCAUCUGAUUCUUUAUGAUAAACCGACUGUUAUAAGCCUAGACUACUAACAAUAUUUCACUUUUCCAGACUCACCCUGUCGUAAUCUUUUAGUUAGUUUUCAUGCCACAGUGUCCAAUCAUUUCCUCUACUUUAGUUAUGCUUGCCAUCUAAAGAGAACAGCACAGAAAACAUCAAAUUACUUUUACCUUUCAGAUUCCUGGAUUCCGUCCUGGAAAGAACAUUCCAGAAAAUAUUCUCGUAAACUACAUCGGGAAACAGCAAAUCCAAAACACAACUAUUGAAGCGAUUCUGAAGAAGACCCUUCCAAAUGCCACUUCCAAGGUAAGUCCGAAUAGGCAUUAUUCUAUAUUUUAGACUUGUUUUAAAGCUGCUAACACUUUUAUGUACAGAACUCAUUCGUGUUAAAUCAAAAGACUGCAAACAUUGUAUUUCUUGAUAAUCUUUUCUCUAAUUUUCUCUUCCACUUUUAUUAAAAUUGACCGAAAUGGACCAGUUAUCCAUUACUGAAAUAUUUGUUGACUUAGAAUAAAGCAUUAUGGUCUGCUUAUUUCUAGUUUAUAUCACUUCCAAACGGUUGCUGCUAGAAGUAUAGAAGCUGUUUUUCAUGGAAUUUCUAACAGUUGUGUGUUAGGUGAAAGGAAGGGCAUUGAAGGACUCCAUUCGGAUUGAUACUAAGUUCUCUGAGAUGGAUGAGAGUUUUUCUCUUCAAGAUUUUUUCAGGUGUUCAUUCCCUUAUGCUUCAGUUUUUCCCAUGCAAACUCCAGCAAAACUCACAUUUUUUGUCUUAGGCAUCAAUUUUUUUUUCUAUUAUUUUCUAUUGUAUCCGUUUUGUUGGCAUUAGGAUUUUUAUCAAUAAUUCAUCCAUGAUAGAAAUUCAUAUCAUGGAAUCUUGACCUCGAUUUCAGUUCCUUGAGCUUGUUUUAGUUUAAUGACAGUCCUCAAAUCCUAGCUUCUAUUUAGUUUGGGUCCUUUUUCUUGAUUGUCCAACACCAUUUUUUUAGUUUAAUACAUGCUAGGCCAGACAUGACAGAAAUUUUGGGCAUAUCUUUGUCCUGAAGACAGAAUAUUGCCUCUUCACAUCCACAGGUGUACCAUACUUCUCACUGGUGGUGUGAUAUGUAAUUUUUUCCAUCUCUCAGGGUGUUAUUUCCGUUAUGUUCCAUUGACAGCGGGGAAAAUAUGUUCAUCAAAACUAUCCGAAGGAAAAAAAAAAACUAGGAUUCCUCCUAAUUUUCACAUAUCCAGCAGGGGGUCCCCAUGUCAGGCAUAUAGUGACCUGGUCACUUUGAUGUAGUUACUCAUGUGAAAUCCUAGGCGCUUGUCAUUUGAAAGUAAACGCCCCCACCCCAGUUCCCUCGCUCUAUUGGACAAAAGCUUCGAAAGAAGACAAGGCCCUGACCAGCCGCCCUGCCCCUUUCUUUGCCCCACCUGCAUCAAGAUCAUCUCCAAAGACGAACCUCAUAUAUGACAAGUUGUACCAUGUAUAAUCCUUCCUCCUGAGAUUGAAUGACUUGUAGACUGAAGUAUGAUCUGUCCUCACUAUCCCAAUUUUAUCCCCAUACCCCUAUCUGUAUUUUGUGGGUUAAUCGUUCUGCAUGACGAGUAUGUUUACCAAUCAUACACCCUCCUUUGCACUGUCAACCAAAUGUAAUACUUGAGCGUCCAAAACUAGAUAGUAAUGAUUUAGAUAGAAGUGACUGCAUCCUGUACCCUUUUGAAGUCAAAUGUCUCGACCAUGCAGUAUAUGCCUGGAUCUUGAAUGUUUCAUUCAGCCAUCCUUUCGCAGUCUAUCACUCCUGAAAUUGUACUUCAUUACGUAGAAGAUUUUAAGACUUCCUACUGAAUAUUUGAAUACUUUUUCAGGAGUGUUCCAAGCUUAUAUGAUGUUCGUUGGUCUUCUUCUCUUCUUGUUAUAGAUAUGAUGUUCUCGUUGAUAUCGCUCCUGAGGUCAGAUGGACAUCUGAGAAUGGAUACAAGGACUUAAAAAUUGUCGUUGAAAUAGACAAUGCCAUAACAGCUGAAACUGCUGCUGAGGGGGAGUUAAGACGCCGACAGAAGUCCCUGGGAGCCUUGAAAAUAGUAACUGAUAGAGGACUACAGGUGUCUUCUUAUUCUUUGGCAUUCCACUGAUAGAGGACUACAGCACAAACGUCUUUAAUAGAAUGAUAUGAUAUUUCAAAGUCACAUAUUAUAGGAAUUAUUUACUUAAAAAGGUUUGAACCUUUAGUUAUAAUUUGAAAAUUUCCAGGUUGGUGACCUUGUCGUCAUUGAUAUAUUUGCAACAACAGUCAAAGAAGAUGAAUCUGAAGGUGAAAAGAUUCCAUCUGCAGAGACAAAAGGUCCACCUGGCUACUUAUCAGUCUGUGCAUUUUAGAGUUUUCCCAACACUUCUGCUCUCUGUUUUAAAGAUUAGGGACCAUGCAUUGCUUUCCUGCGUAAUUUUCAGAACACAUUCUUUAUGAUUACUCUUCUACAUGUGGAGAUUAAUUUAAAUUUUAGAUACUGACAGGAAAAAAAUAGUGUGUAUUUCAUGUUAUUUAUAAUCAUGCAUACAUACUACUUGUUUACUACCAAUGUUGCAUCAUUUCUGCUUUGUGGUUGCUACUUCUGUAAUUUACAAAAGGCUAAGGUAACAGUAUACAUUGAAUAUUUUGCUUAUCUCGUUUAAACCCCCAAAGAAUCUGAAAUUUGGAAAAGCUCCCAUUGUUGUUGGAUUUAGUAAUAAACCUCCAUGAGCUUUUACUUUUCUAGAAGCAAGUCCAUGAAAACUUCCAAUUUACACAGUCAAAUGUCCCCAUAAUUUUCUCUUACUAUUAGCAACAUCCCAUUGGAUUUUUCAAUAAAGAUUAAAAUACCCUUUAUAGAACUUCCUACCUCCUGGGCCGGCCCUCAACAGACCUGAAAGAGAUCUAGGUUGACCCAACUAGAAAGGGUCUGGAGAAAGACCCAAACUGUCCGUCAAAGUUUGUGUCAAAGACAGGGCCCAAACUCAUCGCACUCACUUGGGGUGCAGGCCAGGGCCAUGCCCAACCAGGCCUUCCAGUCCCACCAUGUGCAACCCUCUUGUACACCUGGAAAUGUACCAAGCCUGACCAUCCCCCCAAAGUGCUACAAGCACAUCCAUCUUGACGCAGCAGAAAUUUGAAGAAUUGAUAACUUGAUCACAUUUCAGCUUUGGCUGUGUAUUCUAGAAGUAAAAUCACGACCUUGAAUCUAAAAGGAAUGUCUCUUAGUUGAAAAACUCAUUGCCCUGAAUCCACAGAACAAAGAGAUUUCGGCCCUUGAGUCCACAAGGGGUUGAUCCUGAGUCCACAGGAUUGAAAAUGGCUCCCUAAAUCCACAAGGAUAUCAGAAUCUACCAGUAGAAGGAGAGAACCUCUAAAAAAGAAGGAAACUCGAAAUUGAUUGAUAAAAACAUGCCUCCUUGGGGCUACAAGGGGGGCUCUAUUUGGAGGUCGAAAAUUAGUUAUAACUAACCUAUAAAGGGAGAAAUCUAUUAUGAUUUUAGAAAAUAAGGAAAAAAACAAAUUAAACUUUCCUAUGAAAAAAGAGGAUUCUGUUAGAAGGCCCCUAAGAAAUAGGAAUGCCCUAAAUAGAAUAGGGGGAUUAUUUUACAUGAAUAAGAUGUGAGAAUUUAAGAUUUAGGCUCAUUAAACAUGUGACCAAAUCUCUUAGUGGGCCAUUUGAAGCUGAAUUUGAACGAAAUAGAGUCUUCACUUCUCUUGAGUCUCUGAUUCGCUUGAGUUGGUCUAAAAUUUCGUUACACUUGAUUCUAUUACAUUUUAGCCUUUUCGACACAGAUCUUAUUAGUUCCUCCACCUGGGUCAAAAAUCUUCCAUUCCUCAUUUGAUAGCAGUUUUUUGGGCUACAUCACGUUGUCUAACUCUGAGAACCUGACUUGACAAAGACUGCCUGUUUAUCCCCCUUUGACUUGGGUAUGAGGCCAACUGUCCUCUCAAUUGGACCUGCCUGGCUAUGACACCCCUCCUACCUGACUUGGAGGGAUAAGAUGAUUGUCCUCCUGGACUUACCUUCUGGGUAGCACAUAUUCUAUUAGGCAUUACCUGGGGAGACGGAGUAAGGAGAAGGUAGGUGUUAAGGUUUUACUCAAGGGUGGGUAUGUUUCUUAUAUAGUUUGAACACUGUUAAAAUAUAGGACCUGAGGAGUGUGAUGAUGGUAGUUGACAGUGGGACUUGUUUAGAAUUACCUAUAUUAUGAGAGUUUAUCCCUAGAUUCCGAAAAAAUAAUGGCCUUUUCCUUAUUCAGAAUAAUUACAAGGGCUUGGUAACCCAAUACCCCAAAUUUUCAUGUAACCCAAGAAGUAUUUUUUGUCAUAGCUAUUCAUGGUUUACGAUUGAAUGGCUUUGAUUAAGGUGCUAUUGGUUGUCCAAUGACUCCAAAUUCACUGUUCAUGUGAUUGAUUGGUUGUCCAAUGUCCAGCAUGUGAUAGAUAACUGAGAUAAUUUUGCAAUUCAGGUUCUUAUCUUUUUUUCCUUUUCACAGGAUUCCAUUUGGAUACAGAGGAAUGUGAUAACCUUUUGCCAGGAUUCAUUGAUUCAAUAAAGGGGAUAAGACAAGGCGAAACAAAAUCAUUUCUGCUUACAUUCCCAGAAUCAUGGGAACAAGAACAUCUCCGAAGUGUCUGUGCACGUUUCACGGUAUGUUGUUCUUAUAUGCUGUGCAACCCUCUAUUGUGGCCACACAGGAAAAUCUUCUCCCAAUGUCAGAAGGCAUAUGCAACUCUUUUCUGCUGAACAGAUAUAAAUCUUCAUGAGUCUGGCAUCUAGAGGAGUGUGCUGGUACCUACUCUUUGACGCCAUACAUAUGCUAAAUGGGACAUGCAGACAUUGGAUUACAAGAUCAUGUCAUCAUUUCUGGCUAGUUGAAUGGCAUGAUAAAGAGAGGUGAUCAUGGCGUUGGAUACCCACCGAUCUGUACGAUUUUCACAGUUUAUCCAUCCAACUUCAUGCUUGUAAAAGGAAAAUAAUUUUCACUUGGGACUAUGCAAGAGGCAGCACUUUUUCAAUCAAGUGAAUUUUCAGUGUCCUUCCGGAACAUCAGAUUCCAGUGAAGAAAUAUUCAUGCCCAGAGCGCGUGCUGUUGAAAUGAGUAUUAUUCAUUUUUCAGUGCGAAUGGCAGGGUGAUAAGUAGUAAAAACUGAUAUUUGAUCGCACUGUACAUACAUUCUUGCUAAAAUAAGACAAACCUCGCAUAUACAUAAUUUAGGUCGGAGAUGUCUGCUCGCUUUGAUACCAACAUGCUGACUUUUUUCAAUUUUUUAUGUUCUUCAAUUUUGAAACUUUUUUCGUAUGGUUUGCCCGUAUUUAGCAUUUGGUCUCCAACUUUGUUACGUUUUUUUCCUAGGUUGUAUGCAAAGAACACUUCUACAGAGAUUUUCCGGCACUGGAUGAUUCGCUUGCUGAAAAGCUACUCCCUGGUUGCACUACAGUGGAACAGGUUUCUCCAUCUGGCAUGCUAGGCAAUAGUUAGAAGGAUACUUAUCAAGCGAACAUAGUAUCUUUCACUCUCUUAGUUUUUUUUUUUUUUCGAAAUGGUUGUCGUGUUAUGUAGUUAACUGGGAUGAAUUCUACCCUUUUUAUGAAUAUUCAUCAAUCGUUCCCUUGAAAAGAUUCCUUAUGGAUACGUUGGACAGGUUAAAGAAACAAUAUUGGAGAGGUGUAGAGAGGUGGAACAGAAUGCUAAGGAGCAGGCAACAGAUAAUGCAAUUCUAGAUCAAUUAUCCAAGGUGAUUCGACAAUUUUCCAAGAUAUUUUUCCUUUGCGUCUGUUGAUUGAGUGAGGCAAGAAUUUUUGAGUGAUCUGAACUUGAGAUUGAUGGAACUAUUUAUAUAAGAUUGUGGUUUCUUCCGUUUCUUUGAGUGUGGUACCGAUACGAAUUUCGAGAUAAUGGCUUGCCGUCAUCUCAGCCUAGGAUUAUUUCGAACUCAUUACCUCUUUAUUUAGGGAUGAAUAGUUGUCCUUAUCUUUAAUGGCUGUUUUAUCUUCUCUUUUGAAUUGAACCUGUAUUCACUUUUAAGUUGAUCGACAUGAACCAAUAUGUCAUCAUUAUCAUUGUUUUUAGGUUGCUGACGUGAAUUUUAGUGUUCCAACUCUUUUGCUGUUUUCGUCUCCCUCUGUUUCGAAGUCAACCAUUUUUCUGGAUCCCGAAUUUUAAUUCCUUGAUGGCCAUCCCAUGAUCUGAGGACUGUUGUGUUGACGUGGUCUCUCUGUUUUCCAUUAAAAAAAAAAUCUCAUUUUAUUUUCUGAAUUUGCUCUUCCCUAAACAGCCACUUAUUUUCUUCCCUCCUAAUUCCACUUAUGCUGCUCUAUCCUGUGUGUAUCUUAAUGUCUCAGAUCAUUGAGGUCGAUAUUCCACAGUCCUUGUUUGAAGAACAAGGGAGAGAGCUUUAUGGAGCUCAUCUUUUACAGCUACAGGUAGAAAAUCUGUAGACAUUGUAAGCUUAUCCAAAGCUUCACACUUUAUGAAUUUAAUGUCACUUUCAACACAGGCAAGCCGAAAGCUAGAUGAAAAUCAGUUGUCCUAUCUUUCAAGCGAGAAGGCUGUAAAAGAUUACCUGGAAAGUCAGAAGGAAAAGAUUGAAAAUGUUAUCAAACAGAUGUUAGCCAUUGGAGAGGUCUUCAAGCGCGAGAAUCUGCAGGUGAAUUUUUUUUUUGCUUGUUGAGUAGAAGCUUUUUCUGGUCCCUGACCGUCCGUUUAAUUCAUUCCUACGUCUAUUCAUAAGUCUGACAUGUUGUUAGAAUUGAAUGAGCUAAUGUUCCUGCCAAAUGCAUCAUUCAUCGUUUAAUGACCCAAAGUUACCGUUUUUAGUCAUUUUUUCUGUAAAACCUUUGACUUGAAUAGAAUUGGCGGGUCUCUUUGGGAUCAGUGCUGAUGUUCAAUAAAAGAAAUUUGAAAUUAUUUUACAGAGUAGCCUGAUCCAGCUGCCAUUCAGUUUCCCUUUCCUAGUCAACGGUAAUAAGAUCAAGUACACAUAGACAAGGAAAAUGUGUGUCCCGAUCAUGCAUUCAGUGCAGCUCAAUCCCUUUCCUAGUCAACGGUAAUAGUUUGCCAAUUUUGGCAUUUCUGCAUUCAUGGAUGCAAAGAAUUAGGUCUCUGAAUUAUUUAUUCUCAAACUUUCCAUAUUCCUACCUAUCUUGCUUUAGCUCCGAGUUCAGUAAUAUGUUUCAUAAUAAGUUUCAUUUAGACGUGAAUAUAAAGUCGCCUCAUUUUGUGAAUUUCCCCAAUCUAUAUGAUCCCCAGAUUAUAUCCUAGGCUCUUUAUGUCUUGACAUAUUUAUAUGAAAAUAUAUAUGUGCCGAAUGUCUCAUCAGCCGCAGAACUGAAAAAACAGAAUGUCAACGGUUGAAGUAUAUGAACACCACCACAGGUCAACUGACCCCCUCCCCCAAACCUUCGUUGCAGCUUUCAACGGAGGAUCUGGUGAAGGAAGUUGAGAACUCCGUGGCAGAAUUCAAACGGCACAACCAAGAAUACGAUGAGGAGCGCGUCAAGCAACAGGUUUGGACCUCUAUUCCGUUCUGAUUUUUUUAUUUCUCUAGAAUUAGUGAUAAAUGAAAUUUUCCUGGGUCUGUUGAUCGAAAAAAACCCUUAAAUUUUUAUUUUAUUUAUUUAUUAUUUUGAAUGAUAAAAUAUCUUGUUAUUUUCCCGUUAAAUAUUUCAGGUGCAGGAAAUCCUAGAGGGAGCAAAGGUUCUGGAAUGGCUGAGAGAAAAUGCCGACAUCCAGUACAUCUACCGCUAA